GCGUAACCUGUGAAGAGAGCUGCGCUGAUCAAUAGACUUUGCAGGCAGGUUUCUAUAAUUUUGGAUACUGCAAAAUUCCACACUUGACGAGGACUUCGCAAAGAUGGCGGCGAACGAGUCGCUUCGGAGGCAAAGCGAAACCCGAGAGUCAGCUAUCUUCACGCAAACCAUUCGAGAGCGGACAGGAGAGCGAGAGGAAAUUCAUAAGAAGACCUUCCAAAAAUGGAUCAAUUCAAAGCUCGCAAUGGCCGUGCCACCUUUAGAGGUGAAAGAUCUUAUCGAGGAAGUCCGAGAUGGACAUGUGUUCCUUUCUCUGCUGGAGGUCCUCUUGGGAACAACACUGAAAAGAGAGAAAGGCCGAAUGCGCCUCCAUAAACUCACCAAUGUGACAACAGCACUGAAGGUGUUGGAAAAAAACAAGGUCAAACUUGUUGGGAUCAGCAAUUACGACAUUGUCGAUGGAAAGAGCACGACCAUUCUUGGACUGAUAUGGAGUAUUAUUCUACGAUUCCAGGUGCAAGGCGUAAUGACUGGAGAUGAUUCUGGAGAUUCCAGCGUCAAAGAUUUUCAAGUCGAGAAAAAACUGCUUUCUUGGUGUAAGACAUCGCUUGAAGGGUACGAGGAUUCUGUUAAAUUGAAAGACUUCACAACAAGUUGGAGAGAUGGUCUAGCUUUCAACGCCAUCAUCCAUACUCACAAGCCAGAGCUGUUUCGAUUUGAGAGCCUUUUAAAAAAUGAUAACAAGACAAAUCUUGAUCACGCGUUUAACGUGGCGAACGAAGAGUUUUCAGUUCCGAAGCUGUUGGACCCAGCAGAUAUUGACGUGGACAAGCCAGAUAAAAAGUUGAUCAUGAUGUACUUGACCAGCUUAUUUCACGGCUUGAGAGAAUACUCACCACAGGGAGGAAAGAAGAGAAGAAAACUUGACGAUUUGGCGGGCCUUGAAGCUUACCGAGCAUCAUUGAGAGACCUGAAUGCCUAUAUCACACAAGAAGAAACCCUGGUAUCCAACAAGCUGGAAUCGACUGGCCGUUUUGGCAAUCCUUUAGAAGACUACAACAAAUCAAAGUCUUUGAUGGAUGACAUCAAAAAUCAUCGCCAGGACGUGGGAAAUGUAGAGGAUAUGGGCCAGGCUUUGAUAAUGAAUGACAAGACAGACGAGAUCCACCGAACAGAGAUCAAGAACCAGCUACUGCUGCUCCACGAUCGAUGGGAAAAAUUGGAAAAACUCUCACAGAGACUUCAUAAACGAUGUCGGGGGGCUCUCGUUUCACCCCGGGAGCAACAGAUUGACAUCUACAACUCGUGGAUACAACAAAUGAGAAGUGAGAUAUCAAAAAGAGGAAGAUCCCAAAGCCAAACAGAGAUCAGAAGAGAGAUUGAUGAACACGAGGGAUCUAUGGUACGGAUCGAUUAUAAAAAGAAGGAAGUCGAUCGCGUUAUCAGUGAAGUUAACGAACUCUGUCUGGAGCCUUACGUCGACGAAGAAGAUCGUGAGAUAUUACGAGGAAAGCAGAAAGAUUUAAACAUCAACUGGGACACAAUGACAACAGAGGCUCAUCAAAAGAGCAAAGAACUGAAGGACAAGUUGUCCCCGUCUUCUUCAGCAGAGGAAAACAGAGAAACGGAACUGCUUGUACCAGUUUCUCAAGACAAUGUUCAGUCAACACCUUCAGAGUUUAGUACAUUUGAGAUACAACCAAACAUUCAACAUACUGUUGAAUCGCAACCCAAUGUUCACUAUCUCAUUGAUUUCGAAGAUGAUCACGUUGAUGGCGCAGAUCAGAUUGACAGCCACGGCAGAGAGGCCGAGAGGGACGCUAAACUCGACACAUUACGGGAUAAAAUGAACGCAGUUCAGUUGGUGUUGGAGAGAUGCUCAGGAAAGUUGGAGAACUUGAAAUCUUCUGGUGCCCCAAAUGAUUUGCCGGGGGUCAAGGAACAGCAAAACAUGGUGAAGGAUUGUGAUUCUGAACUAAAGGAAGGGGAGCCACUCUUGCAAGAUGUCAUUUUGUACGGAAGAGAGCUCUCACGAGACGAUCUGUUUGAUGAUAACGAGAAGGAGGAGAUCUCACGUAACAUGGCUCAACUACAAGAGCACUACGAUGAACUGAGAAACUUUAUUGACGACGAACAAGAGGGUCUCAGUGAGCUGCGUAAUGAAUUGGAGAAACGAAACAAGAUCCGCGACUGGGAAAGAAAACGCGAUGAAUUAAAUGAGAAGCUAUCCCGCUGUGAGGAUAAGUUACGCCUUCAAAUUCAGGAUCAGUUAAGAGAAGAACUCGCACCCAGUGAAGAAAUCUUGGCUGCAGCAAAGAAUUUAUCGAAGGAAAUCUCCGAUCUUGAUCCUGAAGUAGCAAGAGUUACAGACGAUGGAAUUAAACUCGUAAAAAGUGAGAACAUUGGGGGUGACUUGGAAGAAAAAUUGGUCCAAGACAUAAACGAUAUCGAAGAAAGAUACGAGAAACUUAAAAAGAGCAGCAGUGACGUAAAAAGACUGGAGGACGCAAUUUCUCAGAGAGAAUCUGAAAAGAGGGAGAAGCUUGAAAAAUGGCAGGAGGUUACUGAAAGAAUAUCAGUGAUUAAUGUUGAUACCCGUACAAAAUUACGAAACAUCAAGGAAAAGAAUCCCCACACCACCCCUGAAAUACAGGAACAGCUCGAGGCGAUACAGAAAUGUACAAACGACGUUAUGUCUGCGUUUCCUGAAAUUCAAUCUGGUUAUGAUUACGGCAACGAUCUCUUGGCUGAUAAUCAACUUAGUGAUGAGGAUAGAGACAAGAUCGAGAAGGAAAUGAACAACAUUGGAGAGGAUUUCAAAGCUCUUCAGCAAGACAUAAAUGCCGAACAAGACAGGCUGAAUAACUUGUUGUCAGAAAAGGUAGCUGAGGAUGCUCGAGCUCAAGAUAAAUUGAAAAAGUGGCAAGAUGGUAAAGACAAGUUAAACUCCAAAUAUAAGAAGACCAGGGGCAAGUUCAACAAAGUCAAAGGUCAAGGAAUUCCCAAAGACCCGAAGAAAGUGCAAGAACAACUAGAACUUACCCGGGAAUGCUCGUCCGAGAUCGCUGAUUCAGUGCCAGAGAUCCAGCAGGCGUUUAAGUGCGCCGAAGAUCUGAUCAGUGAGAAAAGUGUUGACCCUAGAGAUAGAGAGUCAAUAAAGAAAGAAAGAAAUGAAAUUGGGGAAGGAUUUAAGAGCCUGAAGCUUGAACUGAAUGACUACGAGAAGGAAUUAGAAGACUUAGGCCUUCAACAAGAUAAAGAGAAAUCGGAGAAGAUUACAACAUGGCAAACAUGGAUCAUUCGAAUGAGGAAGUUGCAGGAUAAGUGUCAAGCGAAGACAAAUGAACUCAAGGAAGCAAAUGAGCCACAAAAUAAGAAAGAAGUCGAAGAACAAAUGGUCCUUGUGAAGGAGUGUAAGGAGGAGCUGGAGGCCGCUAAACCGGUGAUUCACGAAGGUAUUGACUACGGGAAGCUCUUGAUAGAUGAUGAAAUACUUGAUGAUGAGGUUAAGGCUUCAAUCAAGAAGGACGUGAACGAUAUGGAAUAUAAUCUGGACAAAAUGGAGAAAGACAACGCUGACGAACAGGGCAGGUUGGAAAUUCUAGCCAUCCAGUUCGACACCGAUAAAAAGGACAAAUUAGUAAAAUGGGAAACUUGGAAGGUGAAAUUGAGAUCAAUUCUUGCUUUGAAACGAAACCACCUUGACGAGGUCAAGGCCGACGAUCCCACGAACCGGAACGUGGAGGAAUUAUUAGCGAAAGCAAAGGAUUGCGAGGAUAGCCUGACCAAUACAGAACCGGAGAUCAAGUUUGCUUUAGAUUAUGGUGAGCAACUCGUGGAUGACGAUCUGACUGAUCCUGAUGAAAAGCAAAAGAUCCAUGAUGAUGUGGUAGAAAUGGAACGAACUCUGAAAGACCUGAAGGAAGAUACCGCUAAAGAGAAACUAAGGUUGCAGCAAAUAUAUUUCCAACAAAACGAAGAAAAGGAGAAAAAACUGAAACAGUGGGAGAUAUGGGUUAUUCGUAUAAACAAACUACAGGGCGAAUGUCAGGAAAAAGUGAAAGAUUUGAAGUCUAAAGGAGAUCCUCAUGAUAAGAAGGACUUGGAAGAGCAGAUUGUUUUAGCUAAGGAAUUCGAGGAGGAGUUGCAAUCAGCCAAACUGGUGAUCAAUGAAGGUACUGCAUAUGGGUCGCUGCUUCUAAAUGAUGAUAUCGUUGACGAAGAGAACAAGGCAAAAGUCAAACAGGACCUGGAUCACAUCGAAGAGGAUCUAAAAGAAUUAGAAAAGGCUAAUGGCGAUGAGCAGAAAAGGCUUGAAGAUAUUCUUUAUCAGAAAGGUGAAGAGCAAAAAGUCACAGAGUGGAAGAACCGGACCACACGCAUCCACAUUUUGAUAAAGGAUUGUGGUGACAAAAUGGCUGAACUACAAGCUAAGGGGAAUCCGAAGGACCGCGGGGAUGCCGAAGAGCAAAUCACUUUGUCAAAGGAAUGCAGUCACAAAAUACAGGCAUCAAAACCCGAGAUAAAUGCCGGUCUGGCAUUUGGAAAAGAACUAUUGGAGGAUGAUUACAUUAGUGACGUAAACAAGGCUAACAUCAAGCAAGACUUAAAUGAGCUAGGAGGAGACAUGGAGAGACUGGAGCGAGCCAACGAUGAACAAGAACGCAGGAUUCGAGAGCGCUUAGACGCAUUACAGAAAGAGGAAGCGGUGAUAAAAGAUUGGCGUGAUAGAUGUGCCAGCUUGACAUCUUAUAUGGAUUCUGCUGAUGAAAAAAUUCAGAAUGGGAAGAACGCAGAGAGCAAUGAGGACAUUGAAAGCUCUUACAUCCUGCUCAAGGAUCUCUCAGCAGAUCUUGUGCAAACUGAACCGGAAAUGAUAAAGACUUUAGACUUCGGAAGAGAGUUAGCAUCAAAUAAAAAUUUGAGCUCUGAUAGCCGUCAAAAAGUGACUGACGAUGUGAGUGAUGUGGAAAAAAGAUGGAAGACUCUUAUGAAAGAGUCUCAAGAUGAAUACGCUAGGCUUGGUGUUGAACUAGGAGCUUCACAAGCUCGACAAAGAAACUUGGAGACCUGGCACGAGCGAUGCGAUGAUCUUCAUGGUUGGGUGACCGACAGAUAUACAAGGCUACGUUCCCGACCGACUUCUCCUGAAGCAUCUUUUGGGGGAAUAAAAAGACAACAGAGUGUUAUUGAGGAUCUCGUCAAGGACUUGACUUCCAAACAAGGUGAAGUAAACGAAGUUAUUGACGAAGGAAAUCAAGUCAUCGACGAUCAUACUUAUGCAGAAAAAGAAAGGAAACUUGUUCAUGAGAAGAUGACCGCACUUCACGAUGACUGGAAUAAACUAGCCACGUUGACUUCCGGUAAACAGCAAAGUGUCCAAGUCUUACUUCUUGAGAAGGAACAACAGCACCUUGACAAGACGCAGAACUGGAGAAGAAGAAUUGAUCCUCUUGUGUUUUGGGUUUCUUCAGCCGAGGAUAAGCUGAACACACAAUUUGCAAUUGCCCCAGAUCUAGACACCGUCAAGAAACAGAAGGCUGAACUUGAGGAUUUCAAUAAUGAAAUGCUUUCUCACCAACGUGAAGUGAGUGAAACUUUGGAAUAUGGAGACAAACUACUGAAAGACCCAGAGCUUCCUGAGGACGAUCGUACGGCGAUACAGAAAGAAGUGCUGGAUCUUAGUCAUCGCUGGGAGAACCUGGAGGAGUUAGUCAACUGGAAAUCCGAGAGAAUUGACGACACUAUCUCAAAACUCAAGAUGCAGCAAGAGGACAAGCUCCAGAAAUGGCAUGAGGGACUUGAUGAGGUCAGUGGAUGGGUAGUGAAGACAAGAGUUAAGGUUGAAGUACAACAGAGACUGGCUACCGAUGUGGACGCUGCUUUGGAACAAAUAGAUGACUUUCAGGAAAUCAUCAAAGACGCUCCAGGUUAUCAAGAAAAGGUAACUCACCUAAACGAGUUCAGUGGCAACCUCGUUACUGACCCAUGUCUUGGGGAAGAAGAGAGGCGAGGUGUCCGCGAGGAAACUGUCAUCUGUAAUGAAAAUUGGAACGAUCUGGUUAAUCUCGCUAAUGCUAAGCAGGCCAGAAUGGAAGAAAACCUCAACAAAUUGGAACGACAAGAACAGGACGCUUUAGAGCGAUGGAGGAUUCGCUCAGAAAGAGCGGGUCUUGCGUUAGAUAAACUGGAGGGUCAGAUAUCUGUUAUUGAUGACCCUAUAGGGAAUGACAUAGAGACUGUCAGGAGACAGGAGGACGCGUUUGAGAUAUUUUCCAAUGAAAUGGAACUGAACACAACUCAAAUGCUUGACACUCUUGCCUUGGGAGAGAAAGUUAAAAAGGAUCCCAAGCUUACCCAGAAAAGGAAAGAUGAGGUGGUGGAACAUCUCAAUUCUUUGACAGCACGCUGGGACCGCAUAAAGGAUUUUGUUGCCUUGAGAAAAGAAAGACUUGAUGAAGCUUCCAAGAGGAUGCAGAGGGACAGACGGAAGAAGCUCGAGGAGUGGGAAGAAAAGGUUAAUCACUUCGAUAGUUUUUUACGAAAGGCAGAGAGAGAAACAGAGAGGCUAGAGCCAAUAGCAGAUGAUCUGGAGACUGUUCAAAGACAAUAUGACGAUUUCCAGAAAACGAACCAGCUUAUUGGACAGCAGAAGAAAGUAGAUGACUUCGAAACUUUCACCGUCGAAUUACUAGCAGACCCUGUAAUUGACGAGAGAUCAAAACAGAGCAUGGAGCACGAUAAAGACGACCGCCUUGAAAGAUGGGAAAGGGUCGUCGAAAAGAUUAAUGACCACCAGCAUGGAUUGGAAGAACAACUGACAAACUUGGAGAAAACUGAGGGUGAACUUUCGAGAUGGAAUGACCAAUUUGACAUAAUCCAGGAGGAGGUUGCGAAAGUUGAAAGCGUCUGUGAGCAGGAAAUUGCUCCAGAUUUCGACGCGCUGGAGAAACAGAAGACUGAAGUUCAGAGACUGAAGAAAACUGUGAACGUACUGGAUCCACAAGUUGACGACUUUCUCAAGAACUCUGACAGGUUGAUCGACCAAAGUGACGUCCCCGAAAAGGAUUUGGAGACUGUGGAGCAUGAGGCUGAAGUCUUCAAAAAACGUUGGAAUAAAGUAAAGUUCGAUCUUGACGCGAGACAACAGAGAAUCGAAGAUAAGCACCUCAGCCUACAACAACGUCAAAAAGAUUUGUUAGGGCAGUGGAAGAACUCUUGUAACUCUACUCUUAAGUGGUUAUCUGACACCUCUGCGCGUGUGCAAGCUCAAAAUGUAACUCCUCCGGAUCUCGAUCAUGCGCGGGCUCAAAGACAGGAAAUUGAGGACAUUUUGCGAGAAAUAAAACGGCACGACAAUCAGAUGGACAAGCUAGAUCAACUUGGAGACAAGAUUACUAACGACCCGAGCAUGCGUGACUUGGAGAGGAACUUGGUUAACAAUGAAAAAGCUACCAUUAUCGAACGCUAUAAAGGACUUCUUGCAUCAACGGAGGCUGCAAAAAAUAGAUUGGAUGAUCAAAUUAAGCAAAUGGAGAAAGAGCAAGGAGAAAAGAUGAAGCUCUGGCCAGAAAAAACGGAUCCCCUUGAUAAAUGGCUGAUAAAGAAUGAGACAACUGUUCAGUCCUACGAGCCAAUCGGAUACGACAUCAGCUAUGUAAAAACACAAGAAAAAGACGCACAGGCAAUGAUCACUGAACUUCUUCAAGAGCAGCCAAAAUUCGCUGAGAUGACGGACUUUGGGAAUAAGCUGACAACGGAGCCUUGUGUAGGAUUAGAAGAGAGGGUAAGGAUUCAGAAAGACAUGCAAAGUCUCCACGAGAGAUGGGACGGGCUGUAUGAGUCAGCCACUUCAAGACAUGACAGGAUCCAAGACAGGCUAAAAAUAUUAGAAGACGAACAAAAACGACUGGCAGAUGAAAGAAAAAUGCUGGAAGAGGAAGAAGUACAGAGGCAAAUCGACAUGGAAAGGAGGCGAAAGGAAGAGGAAGAGAGAAGAAAGAAAGAGGCAGAGGAGAGAAGGAGAAGGGAAGAGGAGGCAAGGAAACGCAAAGAAGAAGAAGAACGGAAACGGAGGGAAGAAGAGGAAAGGAUAAGAAAAGAGGAAGAAGACAAACGGAAACGAAAGGAGGAAGAAGAGAAAAGGAGACGAGAGGAAGAAGCGAGGCAGAGGAGAGAAGAGGAGGAGAGAGAAAGACGAGAAGAAGAACAAAAGAGGAAGCUGGAACAGGAGGAGAGAAAAAGAAAAGAAGAAGAAGACCGGAAGAAAAGAGAAGAAGAAAGAAAACAGAGAGAAGAAGAGGAACGGAUGAAGAGAGAAGAAGAGAAUAGAAAGCGGAAGGAGGAACAAGAAAGACGGAGGAAAGAGCAAGAGGAGCGCAGGAAAAAAGAGGAGGAGGAGAGAAAGAAAAGGGAGGAAGAGAGAAGGAAAAAACGUGAGGAAGAAGAGAAAAAGAAGAAAGAAAGAGAGGAAAAAAAGCGACUGGAGGAAGAAGAAAAGAAAAGGAAGGAGGAAGAAAAACAAAAGAAAAAAGGCUUCCUCAUAAACUUUGGAUCUUUACCUCACAUCCCGAUGGUGAAACAGGAAACUACACUAAAUGCCAGCCCAAAGAUGGACGAGGUUGUGUCAGUCCCAGAAGCUGAAGGAGACAAUAUCAACAGGAAAAAGAAUAAAGGGUUCGGGUUUAGCCUCGGGCCGUUACCUCACCUUCCAAAGAUGGAAGAGGUUGCGUCAGUCCCAGAAGCUGAAGAAGACAAUAUCAACAGGAAAAAGAAUAAAGGGUUCGGGUUUAGCCUCGGGCCGUUACCUCACAUUCCAAAGGUGGAAGAGGAAACCAGCCUUUUGGCCACUCCCGUGGACGAGGUAGUCGUGUCUGUCGACGAAGACAUCGUCGAGGCUGCUGCCGAACCUGAUGCGUUUGUUUUUGAUGGAAGGCUGCAGGAUUGGAAAAACGACGCAAAAGAUAUAAGCGUCUGGCUUAAGGAUCAAGACGAAAAACUACCCGACGAAACUAACGAUGACACCAUUGCUUCUCUUAAAGACAAAGAAAGCCAUUUUGUGAGCCUCGAAAAAGAAAUUCCUGACUACGAAAGAAAGUUCGAUAAUCUUGAGAAAGACUAUGAAGCGCUGAUCAAGGACAAACAUAUAUCUGAAAAGCAGCAUGAAGACGUCAGCGAAGAUAUGGAUAAGUUGAGGGGCCAGUGGCGCUCUUUCAACACGGAUAGAGAUGUCAAGAAAAACCGAAUAAAAAGGAAGCUUUGGGAUAAAGAACAACAGAAAGCCGGCGAGCUUACCGGGUGCAGGGUUAACUUACAAGCAGUGAAGGACUGGAUUGGACUUCGGGAUAAAGAAAUUGAGAAUAUGGAUCCCAUAGGAAACGAUCCGAAAACUUUACAACGACAGAAAGAAGACAUGAAGCUAUUAACCAAACGACUACAUGAUUACGAGCCACGAUUCACUGAAGCAACGGACACAGCGUACAGAUUAUCUAAGGACCCAUACUUUUCGAAUGAGCAAAGCAAAGCUCUUCGACAAGACGCAGAGGACUGCGAAAAACAUUGGGAUGACGUGUUGGAAAAAGCCACAGAUCGUAUGGACCGGAUCGUGAAGAAGAUUCCCAAGCUUCAAAAAGACCAAAAGGAAAUAGUCGACGAAUGGAAUGACAGAUCUGCUCGAUUUGAAAAAUCUUUGAAAAAAGCAGAAGAUAAACUGAAAGAACAAGAAGCUAUUGGGAAGGAGAUUGGCUUUGAGAGGCGGCUCCCCGAGAUCAGGUCACCAGAACUGACAAAGAAACGAGGAGAAAACAACAAUGAGUGGAAACCCACCGUAGAUGAGUGCAACGCGAACCUUAGAACGGUCAGAGAAAGGCUGCAAGAUAUUCAGCGAGCUAAGAAAAACCGAAAGUGGUCGAUUCUUGAGGCUUUAAAAGAUGCUGUACAUUCAAUCACCGCCAGAUUUCGUGGAAAUUCCAGAGUCGGAGCUGAACAUGGGGUCAAUUUAGACAAAGUUGUCGACCUCUUGGAAGAUCAUGAGGACAUAAUGACCGAUGCAUCAACCAGGCAAAAAGAUGCAGAUGAAGUUUUCACCUUGGGUAGGAGCGCCAUUGACAGUGGUUUGCUGGAAAAUGAACAAGCUAAUGAAGUACACGAUCGAAUGACGGACUUGAAUCAUCGAUGGAAUGGAUUGAACAUUGAUGUCAUUGAGCGCGAGAAAAGGCUUGAGAAAUUAGCCGAAGACAUUGAAAGCGAAUACAAGAGAUUCGACUCCUGGCGUGAAAAAUGCGAUAACAUGAAUCAGUGGCUGUCAGAGUCAGAAAAGCUCAUUAAGAACGAGGAGAAGAUUGGAUCAGAUAUUGGAGUCCUUCAAGAGCAAAUCAAAGAUAAUCAACUCUUUAUUAAAGAAAUGAAGGCCUAUGAACCGAAAGUAGACGCCAUGGUCGAGGAAAGCCAAGAACUUGUAGAGAGCAGCAGACUGGAUAAAACAGACAUUGAUGGGGUUGACAAAACUAAAAAUGCUCUCAAUUCGCGAUGGAAGGCUGUCAAUGAUCACCUUAAUGAGAGGCAACGAAAGCUAGACUCUGCUCUCCUGGACAUACUAAAGAAGGAUUCAGAUGGCAGGCUUGGCCGAUGGAGAGAGCAAUCGAUAGCUCUUGGUUUGCUUGUUACGGAAGCUAAAAGGAAAGUUGAUGAUGAUGUUGACGAUACAGAUUUUAAAGAUAUUCAAGAAAGUGCAGUGCAACUCCAGGAAGUCGAAAAUUCGCUCAACGAGGACCUCAAUAGGGAGCUGCUUGAAGUAACGAAUGAUGGUCAUCAUGUCAUCGAAAAGGAGGAGACACAGCCCGACGACAAACAUGAGAUAGGAAAGAAAAUAGACGAACUUAACAGACAAGUUUCUGAGCUGGAAAAAGGAACAAGAGAGAAAAGGGACAAGAUAAAAGAAGCCUCUUUGAAGUACUUUGGCCGCUCAUUGGCCGAUUGUGAAGAAGCCGUCGAGAGACUUGAAGAGGAGUCCGUGAACAAUUUUACUGAUAUUGGCUCUGAUAUCGAGGAGGUCGGAAAACAGUUGGAAGAGUUGCAGGAAUUUGAAAACGACCUAGAUAAAGAAGAAGCAAAAUUUAAUGACAUCAAAGACCAGUUUGCGAACUGUAAGGAAACAGAUUUACUCAGAGAUGAAGACCGAGUGAGAAUCCAGAGAAGAAUAGGAGCACUUGAUGAGAAGUGGGCAGAACUGAACAAAUACCAUGAUGCCAAUCAUGAAAAGUUAAACCAAGCGCUGAUAGUUCGUCAUGAAGAAUUAAUGGAAGAGGUCUAUGAUUGGCUGAGUGAUGCUGAGAAACAAGCAGAUUCUAUAGUUGUGAAUGAGGAUGACAUUGGUUCAGUCAUGGAAGAGUAUGGCAGGCACAGGGAGUUGAAGGAAGAAAUUUCUUCAUUUGAGCCGACGUUCAAGAACGCAAUAGGAAUCAGCGAUAGGCUGCUGACCGAAAGGAUCGUAGAUCCUGAAAGAGCUGAAAGCUACGAAACAGAGAUAAAUACUCUGGAAAACAGAUGGAAAAAUCUGCAACUUAAAACCAUGGACAAUGGAGCUAAAUUGUCUGGUGUGCUUGGAAGGUACGUAACGAUACGAUUGGAUGAAGCGGAGGUGAAGUUGACACAUGCAGAAGCAAGCAUCAGCAGAGAUGAUGCUGACUACUUAGACAUAGAUGGUGCAAAGGAAGCACUGCAAGCAUUCAGAGUGAAAAGGACUGGCAUUCAUGAUUCCCAAAAGAAGGUUGACAGAAUACUGGACGAGUCCCGUGCCGUUGUCAGAGAAGACUUCUUCAAGGAACACGAACAGGAACAUUUCCAGGGAAGAAUUGAUAUGAUUGACAAGAGAAACAAAGGACUCGAAGAGAAGGCAGACAAAGAGGAAAGAAGGUUGCUUGACACAUACAUUUUGCUGCUUAAACAACACUUACAAAGAACUAACAUUUGGCUCAAAAUGGCGGAGUCCCGGAUCAAGCAGGAGGGCGAGACUGGUCCAGGCUAUGAUGACGUAAAGAAACAGCUGGAAGAUCAUCAGGUCUUUCAAGAGGAGCUCAGGGAUCACUCGAUGAUUUCAACGAUUCUAGGCGUGGACGUCUCCGAUCCUGACAUCACGCAAGGCACCCAGCAACAAGUAAAGUCACUCAGCGACCGGUGGAGUAAAGUGUGGAACUGGUCGGAACAGAGAAAAGCUCAGUUGCUUAAGGUUCUAAGUAACUGGCAACGAUUCCGUGACGAGCAGAUGAUAUUAUUGAAUUGGCUGUCAAACAAAGAAAAAACCUUAAAGGAGAUGGCAAGAACAGAUCUUACUGAUGAAGCUGAAGUCAAAGAUCAUUUAGAAAAGCUCAGAGUAAUUGAAAAAGAGUUGGAUGAACAAGGAAUACGUUUGCAAUCCUUACACAAAGCCGGAGAGGAUUUGUUAAAGAACGUAGAUGCGGGAGAUCCGGCUGCAAAGGAAAUUAAAACUCAGCUGAAAGACUUUGAUGAUUGCUGGAAUGACAUUGCAAAACAAGUUAUAAACAGAAUUCAACAGCUUGAAAAUUCUCAAAGUAAACUUAAGGAGUUUCAUUCGGAAAUGGAUGCCACAAAUGAAUGGAUGGAUGAAACUGAACGGCUGCUCAAGACCUACAAGAUUGGAAUGGAUCCAGAGGAAGCUAGCAGGCUUCAAGAAAAGACAGAGAUCAAAUGUGAAGAACGAUCCAAAUUCGCUUCUAAAGUUGAUCGAAUCAACAGACUCGGCAAAGAUCUGGCUGGGGAAAUCGAUGAACCAUCCCAUGAUGCUAUUCAGGAAGAACUACAGCCAUUUAAUAACCGUUGGAGCGAUGUCUCUGAUCAGCUUGAACUCUACAGUGACAAGGGUUACCCACAGCCGGGGAACGAGUGCUGCUUCUUGCGAAUCAUGAGGAAAAAAUUUGGAGUGAUACACUGAUUUGUUACCUGUUACCAGUUCUCUCUGAAAACAGGAUGAAAUGUAUAUUUACCAUCCGUUGUUGGUAUCUACUUUAGAACUGGAAGUGUCCUCGAAUCUCAAAGUAACACUGGAUGAAGAAACAAGUCCUUUGAAAAGAAGAGAAUUGCAACAAAUAUUUUGAAUAUUUUUUCAAGUGAUGUACAACUGCCUUUUAAAAUUACUCCAGUAGUUAGAUGAAUUUAAAUUUAAUUUUUUUUAUAAUUUUUUAUGCUAUUUCUGUGUGUAGUAUUACUAUUCCUUUAUAAUAAUGAUUUUUGAAAUAACGCUUUCGAAACAUUCUCCAAAGAAGUGCACUACCGCAAAGUCAAAUUAUUAAUUGAAUUCCGAUGCGACUAUCGCAAAGCCGUAACAUUAAAAGGGGCAAAAAUUUCAUGGCCUUAUUGGCAUUUAAUUCGGAUGAGAGUGCCAUAAAGAUUUACUAGCUUUUACCCAUCCAACGUCUAUCAACUUAAUAAGCUAUCUUUAAACACGUGCAGAUAAUUCUGUGCUUUCCUUGACCGAUAUCAUUUAACUAUGCAUUUAUUAAGCAUUGUCAGUGCUCAUUAGUCAUGAUAUAUCUCGGUACCUAGCUUUUAUAUCGUUUUCAUAAUUAUGCUUUUUAUUUGCUUAUGCAUCUUUUUUGUUUACCCCAUGUACGCAAGCACUCUUUGAGGCGACUUUAAGGUCUCUACAUCAUAUUUGAUACUUGAUACUUAAAUUGAAUGCUUGAAGACUUGAAUAAAAUAAAUGUUAAUUGA